AUGUCCUCUCUAUUGUAUGAUAGGUUAAAGUUGUUGAACCUUCAAUUGACUGAGACUUUUCCUAGGGAAGAAUCUUAUUGGAGGCAGAAGUUUAGGGACCUCCGGUUCUCUGAAGGGGAUAGAAAUACUAAGUUCUUUCAUUCAUCGUCUAAGCUCAAGAGGCUUCGUAAUCGAAUUUCCUAUAUUACUGACUCUAAUGGUAACACUCUUGUUGAUGAGGAGGAGAUUGCUUCCGAAGCCGUUAGGUUCUUUAAGUCACUUCUUACAGUGGAUCCAGUUGCAUUAGACAAUGAGAUUGUGCAUUCAAUCCCCUCAUUAGUAUCUCAAGAAGAUAAUAAGAUGCUUAUGGCUCCCUUUACUUUGGCUGAGCUGAAAGAGAUAGUAUUUUCCAUGCAUCCGGAGAAGGUCCUAGGUCUGGAUGGUUUUACGGCUCUAUUCUUUCCGAAGUGUUGGGAGUUUAUAGGGGGCUUUGUGCCUGGUCGGGAAACAUCUGAAGGUGCAAUUGUAGCUCAUGAAAUUUUGCACUCCAUAUCUCAACAAAAGGUUCCGGCUAUGAUACUUAAGCUAGACAUGCUUAAGGCUUAUGAUCGUGUUAAUUGGCAAUCCCUUGGGAUUUUGCAUCGGUUGGGCUUUUCACGCUUUUGGGUUAAGUGGGUGUUUUCAUGUAUAUCAUCUGCUCGCUUUUCAGUUUUGGUUAAUGGUUCCCCUUCAGGGUUUUUUGCUUCCUCCCGGGGUUUUAGGCAAGCGGAUCCUUUGUCUCCUUUUCUAUUUAUUCUUUUGGCAGAAGCGUUAAGUAGGGCCAUAUCUAAUGCUACAUCAUCCAGUUUAUGGUAA